AUGCUCCCUGACGAGAUUAGACAGCUAGCUCAAAGCCGACCGGAACAGUCUGGCUGGUUCCGUGCGACAUGCUAUAAUCCACGAACGCUCUGCGGUGUCAUUGCUAUUUUCAAUUGGCAAGCAAUCAUACCGGAUGGUUCCCGAAGUGGCUUGCGUGGUUCACGGGAAAGCGGUAAUGAUAUCGAUCAGGACGCUGAUGGACCAUUCUUCCUUUUCAGCCAUUCCGACGAUAUCGGUGUCGUAGGCCUCUGCGAAUGCAUUGAUUUCGAUACACUGCUCAAGAGCCAGCUUUCUCAAGCUUUCGAGAUCGCAAAGAGGCAUGUUGCAGACUGCCACAAGGAUCUCGAGCCAUUAUCUCAUUGUCGGGCCAUGUGGGACAUAGUACUCUCCUGCAUCAUUGAUCCGGGAACUCGACCUAGCCGAAGGAGAGACCGUGAAGAUUGGUAUGGCUCAGCCUCCUUCAUUGAAGCCGGACAGGAGAUUUUUCGCGAGCUUUGGGGGCUUUCUCGGCCAGACUUCCCAACAAAUCAUAGGACACGCACCAACCCGACCUUUAUUUCUCGACAUGAGUUUGCAAAGGUACAAUCACAAGCGCAACAUCCCAACGACACGGCGAUGGCCGAGUAUUAUCUCAAGUCAAGGACUACCAUGUUGGAAGGCAUUUUGUCCAUGGCCCUGAUAUCGACCGAUAUUCGACUGGAUGGCGAUAGAUAA